AUGUCGAAUGUUCCCCAGCCCACGAUCAGCCUUGCCCGUAUCCCAGACGAGGUGCUCCUGGAAGUACUGCUUCGCCUACCACGCUCGUCUCAGAAGGCGUGCAUGGCCAGUUGUCGACUGCUUCAUACGAUAACCCUCCCCAUCCUCUUUCGCAGGAUUGGUAUCUCCUUCGGAUCUCUGGAGGAGAACGGGUUUGAGUCGGACGACGUGCUCGCAUCGGAGAAAAACUUAUGGGAGGCUGAAAAGACGCGGUCCACCGACAUUUUGAAACAUAUCAGUCAUACACCCCAUUUUGCUUAUGUGUGCCGAACCCUCGUGAUUUACGCGUACGCGGGCAUGUAUGACGGUGAACUGACCGGAUCGCUUCUCCCCGCCGUUUGCAUGAUGACGCAACUACGGAGUGUUUCUUGGGUUGGACAUCUUCCCCCUACUGCAAGGACGCUCAUAGACGGCCUCGUCGCUAAUUGUCACAAAAUAACCGAGAUUCGUCUUCCGAACAUGGGCUGGGAGAUGAAUCAUCCUCGGUGGUUCAGAAAUUUGACAUCUUUCUCGGUCCAGAGUCAAAUGGGGGUUGACUACGCUCUUCAGGAAACCGCGGAUGAAGCGUUGCUCGCUAUCAUCCCUUUUAUUCUUUCCAUCAUAGAGAUCAAUUCUACAAUACUCCGCAGGAUAUCAAUUCCGGAGAUCUCAAUGCGAUGGGUUCCCAACCAAGUGGCAGAAAGGUUGACGCACCUGACGGUAUGGAACUGCGAGCACUUCGAUUACUUCGCUGGCGUCUUCAUGCAUGGCGACUCCAUUGUCUCCUUGGCCCUGAUCGAAGUGACGGGAAACGACAUCUACGAUCUGCUGCGCCACUAUCCCUCGGCUUUACCCAAGCUCACGGAUUUCAAGUUAUCACUCUUAGACCCGAUGGAGUACAAGACGGAAGACACACUAGCCAUCUGCCACUUCAUUCGCGGGCGAUGGCUGCAACGACUUGACAUUGACGCGCCGGGAUCGAGCCUCGGACUCAUUUUGGACGUGCUACCCGAAUUUCCGGGCCUCACGGCGCUGGGACUCGACGCGCCGGGUUUUUUCCGGGACGAAGACGUGGAGCUCCUAGCUGACUCCAUCCCGCCCAAUCUAGUAGCGCUGCAUAUCCAACACCCAUGGGAGGGCCUGUCUCUCGAGUCGUACGAGAUUCAACCACUGUUGGAGAAGCUGGCGUCGAUGCCGCGUCUGCACUUUUUGCAGUGGCAAGAUCCUGUGCCCUCGUCGUGCAUGGUGGCCGAAGCGCUCGGGCUGGAAAUUCCGACCCUGGAAUACCUCGGGCUUGGAUCGACCUUCUGGCGCAUCAUCAGAGAGGACCACUCGAGUGUAAAGGUCUCAAGGAUCCGCCAGUCGAGAUUAAUGCUGGAUGUGUUUCAAGACCCUAAUUUGCAGGACGAACGCUGGCUCCUGGAGUGGCGCGACUUUCAACGUAUUGCUUAA